AUGAUAGGAAAUAAGUAUAGCAAUAUUAUAAAUAGCAAGCUUAGUGAAAAUCUUGCUUUGAGAGAUAUCAAAACAAACUGGAAAUAAAUUAAGCAAGUUGAUAAUAUAACUAUGUAUUCAACUAUUUAUCAGAACUACUAAGUAAAGCUCACUAAAUUUGAAGGAAAUGCCUCUAUAAAUUUCGAGAAGGCUUCAUAAUAUUUUUUUGACAGCUUAGAUGCUUAGAAGCAAAAUAGAGAAAUGUGUGACUAAUUAAUUAAACUAGAAACGAUCGAUUAAGAUACUAUUGUCAUUUUAUUCUAAACUAAAAGUAAGUUUGUGGUGAGCUCACGUUAUUCAUUAUGUGUGGUACAUAGGAGAAGAUUAAAUAAUAAUGAAAUAAUGAUCACAAGAGACCAAAUUGACGACCAUUAAAACACUCCUAAAAUUGAUGCAAUUAAGGUUGAAGCUAAGUUUGGUGUUAUUUUCUUAAAAAAAAUAAAUGAAAAUACAACACAAAUAGAGAUGUAUCAAUUAUUAGAUCCUAAAGGAAGUAUACCUGUAUCACUUAUUAACUCUAUGCAAGAAAAGUAAUUUGAAGCUCUUCUUAAAGACCUUUAAUCCAUAUAAAAAAUGUGA